AAGCUAUCGAUCUUGCUUUCACACCACCUUCAUCUUCCCUCAUCCUUUCAUCUUUUCUUUCUUUCUGACAUUAUGGUUGCGUCCAGUGUUCUUGGUUUCCCCCGUAUUGGUCCGAAUCGUGAGAUCAAAAAAGUCGUUGAGGCCUACUGGGCUGGCAAGACCAACGCCGAGGAGGUCACCAAGGUCGCCGCGGAGGUCAAAAAGCUCAACUGGACUGAACUUCAACAACGUGGUGUUACUUACAUCCCGAGCGGUGACUUUUCGCUCUACGAUCAUGUUCUUGAUCACUCUGCAGCAUUCAAUGCUAUCCCCAAAAGGUAUCAUGGCCUGGGUUUGUCCCCUCUCGACACCUACUUCGCUAUGGCGCGUGGACGUCAGGCCGAUGGGGUCGAUGUACCUGCCGGUGAGAUGAAGAAGUGGUUCGACUCCAACUACCAUUUCCUUGUGCCCGAGCUCGAUGACGCUGUUGAAUUUAAGCUCAACUUCAACAAACCUCUCGAAGAAUUCAACGAGGCUAAGGCCCUUGGCAUCACCACUCGUCCCGUCGUCCUUGGUCCCAUCACCUAUCUUGCUCUCUCCAAGGCUACCAAGGAAGCGAAGGCUGACUUCGAGCCCAUCUCCUUACUCCCUAAAAUCCUCCCUGUGUACAAACAGCUUUUGAGCGAGCUGAAAGCUGCUGGUGCCGAGUGGGUUCAAAUUGACGAGCCCAUUCUCGUCACUGAUAAGGGUGCCAACUUUGAAUCACAGUAUGGUUCUGCGUACCCUGAGCUUGUCGCCGUUGCGCCCAAACUCCUUCUUACCACCUUUUAUGGCCGUCUCGAAUCCAAUGUGAACUUCAUUGCUAAACUCCCUAUUGCUGGCCUCCACAUCGAUCUCGACCGUGCUCCUGAGCAGCUCGAGAAGGCCAUCAACGCCGUCAGUUCGACUCCGAUUGUCCUGUCACUUGGUGUUGUAUCUGGUCGUAGCGUUUGGAAAACUGAUUUCUCAGCUGCUAUCAAGCUGGCUGAGAAAGCUAUUUCCGCUCUAGGUGAAGACCGUGUCAUCGUCGCUACUGCUUCCACUGUCCUUCACAUCCCGGUAACUCUUGCUUCUGAGAAAAAACUCACUGAGGAGCAAAAGGAUUGGUUUUCCUUUGCGCUUGAGAAGGCUUCCGAGGUCGCUACUAUUGCAGCCGUUGUCUCAGGAUCUCAGGAUGCUGCGGUCGCCGCUGCUCUGGAAGCCAAUCGCACUUCCAUUGCCAAGCGUCGUGACUUCGAGAAGAACUCCGAUGACUCUGUUCGCAAGCGGGUCGCCUCUAUCACCCCUGACCAGUACGAACGGAAGAGUCCCUUCGCUGUUCGUCUUGAAGCACAAAAGGUCCUCAAUCUUCCCAAAUUCCCUACCACCACCAUCGGUUCUUUCCCGCAAACUAAGGAAAUUCGUCAAGCUCGCGCCAAGCUCGGCAAGGGUGAAAUCUCUGAGGAAGAAUACGAAGAGUUCAUCAAGAAGGAAAUUGAAUCUGCCGUUCGCUUCCAAGAGAAAAUUGGUCUUGACCUUCUUGUCCAUGGUGAGCCUGAGCGCAAUGACAUGGUGCAAUACUUUGGAGAGCGUCUUUCCGGCUUUGUAUUCACUCAAAAUGCCUGGGUCCAGUCUUAUGGUUCCCGUUAUGUUCGUCCUCCGAUCAUCGUCUCGGACGUUAGCCGAAAGGAGCCUAUGACUGUCCGCUGGAGUCAGUAUGCUCAAAGCCUUACUAGUAAACCCAUGAAGGGUAUGUUGACUGGACCAGUCACUAUCUUGAAUUGGUCCUUCCCACGUGUCGAUAUCUCUCGUGAGCUUCAGGCUCAGCAGCUUGCUCUUGCUCUUCGUGAUGAGGUUUGCGACCUCGAAGCUGCAGGCAUCAAGGCUAUUCAAGUCGACGAGCCAGCUCUACGUGAGGGCCUUCCUUUACGUCGUGCUGACUGGGAUUCUUACUUGAACUGGGCCGGAAACACCUUCAAGCUUUCGACUGCUGGUGUUGGCGAUCAUACCCAGACCCAUUCUCACUUCUGUUACUCCGACUUUGAUGACAUUUUCCCUCAAAUUCAACGUCUCGAUGCUGAUGUUAUUUCUAUUGAGGCGUCUAAGAGUGACAUGAAGCUCAUCAACACCUUCAAGCACUACGGCUACUCCAACAACAUUGGUCCCGGCGUUUAUGAUGUCCACUCCCCUCGUGUUCCCGGAGAUGUCGAAAUUCAGGAGCGUAUCAAGGCCAUGCUUGCCUAUCUUGACCAGUCUCUUCUCUACGUCAACCCAGACUGUGGAUUGAAAACCCGUGGCUGGAAGGAAACCGAGGCUUCUCUCGUUAGCCUCGUUCAAGCCGCCCGCUGGGCUCGGGAGAAUUAUGUUUAAACGAUCAAACUCCGCGCUUCAACAGCGCCCGCAGAUCCGUUAACUUAUAGCUGGAGAAUUGUCUUGCUUGUUGACGUGUACUUGUGGGUGGAUAUUUCAUUGGGCAUUGCUUUUUGCUAAGCUGAGUAUGAUGAUGCUCCUUUGGAUGUGUACUUGAGUACGUUGGGUUUUCGAAGUGACUGUUUGUACUUCGACAUAUUCAGGGCAUGUCGCGAGGGGGUUUUAUGAUGAAUUUGUUGCUGGGGAGAAAAGUAUAUAAGUAUGCAGUUCGUCGGAUUUCAACAAUCCUUGUGUAUUUUUUGUUGUUCAUUGUAUCGCUAAACAUCGUUGCAUCGUGAGGUAAUGAAAUGCUCACAUUUUGCUCC